AUGCGUUUCUAUGCCCGACAGGAAGUGUUGCCACGCCACGGUGGCUACUCGUUCGGGCCUCCCGCACAGAUCGGCUCAGCGGAAACUGGACUUUGGGUACCCGUCCAGGUUGUUCAGGCACUGCGUGGCAUUUCUGGAGGCCACAACUGCUUCAGUACAGUUGUUAGGGCCGACUUAAUACGACUUGGAUGUGGAGCUUCCUUGUGUCCAAACCUUUAUGGAAACUAUGAUGGAGUUUUGCUCGUGUGCGACUAUGCACCAGCGUAUGUUAACUCAGAUUGUGUUUCUUUAUUUUUCGGAUUUUAA